AACAAAAAAAAAUGUCCUUAAGUUUAUAGUUGGUGUUUUCCCAAAAAUGGCUCAUGAUGACGUGGUAGGAAUUUCUUACACGUGACUGGCACGUGGUAGUUUUCAGCGAAGGGAUCCUGUUCGACCAUCGACCCGAUAAUCAUUGAUUCUUCAAGUCUCGCGAUUGGGUGCAACCAGUCUGGUCGCAGAUUUUCAUUUACUUCUUUUGGAAUACGCAAUCUUGUAAUAAUUACAUUUAUUAUGUUUCCUUUUAUUACUUUGAUACGCUGAUCUUAAUAGUAAUUAAGGCCCAUAGGCCCAAGUAACCCCCUUGAGCCUAUAAAUGAGAAGAAGAGGGCUUAAGGAAGGAACUUUUGAAUUUUGAAUUUUUUAUCUUUGUAUUCAGAGAGAAAAGCAUAGUGUGAUUAUCCACCGGAAUUGUAAUCCUCCCAAGGCUUGUGAAACUCAAGAACCCUAGUUCUUUGAUCACAUUAUUGGAAUUCAAUAUCAAUAAGAACACUAAGUGGACGUAGGUCAUUACCAUCCAAUUGGGGACGAACCACUAUAAAUUGCUUGUGUCAUUUGUUUAACAUUUGAUUCUCUUCUUGAUUUCUUUUUGUUCUUUGUUGUUUAUCUGUCUCUGUGUCAUUGGCCAAAUCAAGGGUCAACAUUUUGGUGCUCUCGUUGAGAGAUUAAUCAAGAACUUCAAGAAGAUCAAAUGGCAAAGACAUCCAAGAGAGCUGGACAGACUUCUGGCACUGCAUCCACUCAGCCUCCUCCUCCAAAUGUGGCUGAAAAUGAACCACACUUGGAUUUUGAGGAGGAAGAAAUGGACUCUGAAACGUUGAGGACAACACUAAGUGUGUUGCAAGACGAGUUGGCCAAUCUGAGGGCCAAUCAAGAGAAUGCAGCAGAGACCUUGGUGCUACAACAGAGGGAGAUCGAGUGUCAGCGUCAGGAAUUGAAUGAGCGGAAGGCAUACAUGGAUCAUCGGCAGAGAGAUGCCACAGCCGCUUUAGAAGCAGCCAUUCAGUUGGCUCAGGGACAAGUUGCGCUGGCUUCUCAACCGGAUCAGCCACCAAAUGCGCCACCGCAACGGGCCCCAAAUCCGAGUCCUCCGCUUCAGCCAGCAAGCCCUCAAAGACUAGAGCAACUGCCUGCUGUUCAACAGGACAUCCCAAUUCAGGAUCCUGAGCAGCAGCCACCUUCUCAAGCUGGUCGAGGCAAUCCUCAACACCAGAGGCAGAAUAGGGCCGGGAAGCCUCCCCAAAGCCCUAGACGCCCAAUGGUCGAUGAGCCAAAUCCACUGAGCAGGGGGCAACGUCCUUCUACUAACAGAAGGCACAACGAGUCAGGCUCUACGGUCAGGGGCCCCCCACGACAUAAUAAUGCACGGGGACCCAUCGACCAACGCAGGCCUCCCUCUAACGCUUGGGAGAUGCCAGCUAGAGGAGGAAACAGCGUGACCAAUCGGUCGCGCUAUAGUCGGUCGCAGUAUAGAGACGGCCAUGACUAUCAUGAGGUUGACUCUGGUAGGAGAAAUGCUGGUCGGGGGCAUGAAGGAAGAGCUGGAGAUAGGAACCCCCCACCAAGAGAAAACAGCCCUAUGAGCCAGAAUGUUGGGGGGCAGCCUAGACAACAUAACAUCUUUGAUCAGAUGGGCGCUAGCGAGCAGAGGCGCAGAGAUGAUGAUCUGAGGGACGUGCUCAACGACAGGCGCGAGAGGCACGAUGAGUACGCUCCUCCGGCAUCUGUCGCCCCAGCGAUCCCAGAUGUUGUACAGGCCCAAAUUGAUGCACUGAAUCAGGCUGUCCAGCAGCUAGUGGGGAGCCGGACAUCCCACAUUGAGUAUGAUCAAAGGAGAGGCACUCCGUUUGUACAAAGGAUUGAUGUUGCAGAAACCCCCAACAAGUUCAAGAUGCCAGUGUUGCUGAACUUCGAUGGGUAUGGGGACCCUAUAUCUCAUGUAAACAAGUUUGAGAUACAGAUGGAUAUGCAGAAGGUGUCGGACGAUGGCCACUGCAAGAUCUUCCCCGCCACCCUAUCUGACACUGCGCAGGAAUGGUUCUUUAAGUUCCCUCCUGCUAGUAUAGUAUCAUGGGAAAUGUUCGUGAAGGGAUUUUACGGAAAAUUCAACGCUGGUUGCGUACACCCCACUGAGGCCAACCAGUUGGUCAAGAUACGACAGAAGGAGGGAGAGCCCUUAAAAGACUACGUCCAGUGUUUCAUGCGAGCAACUGCUAGAGCUAAAACAUUGGGAGAUGAGGGAAACAUGAUGGCCCUAACUGCUGGAGUGAGGCGCCAUUCUCCCCUCUGGAAUAGCCUAAGGAAGAAUGGGGUAAAAAGUACCCAGGAGUUUCUUGAUUGAGAUGAUCGGUACAUCAAGCUCGAGGACACAAUUUCCAACGAGGGAAAGUCGUUUGCGAAGGACAAGGGACCAAAGGAAGAUCUCGCCAACGGGUUGGAUAAACCCAAUGGCAAUGGGAACGGACAUGGUAAAAAUGGUGGAAAAGGGGCGAACAAUGAGCCAUCAACGUCUGAAAACAAGUGCCUGAAAGGCAAUAGGUAUGAGCCAUGAUUCACCAAUUAUGCGGCUCUUGUCGAGAGUAGAGCAGAGGUCUACCAGGCGACCAACUCUAGUGUCCCUUAUAAGCGACGAACACCUAUAAGGAAGGAUAUCUCCAAGAGAGAUACAACAAAAUUUUGUCAUUUUCACAAUGACUACGGACACGAUACUAAUGAGUGUAACCAGUUGAAGGACUAGAUUGAGUUCCUUAUCAGACAGGGACACCUAAGGAGGUACGUGUUAGGAAUAAUAGUUUUGCCUCAAUGGAAAUGGUAAGAAAAUACAACUCUAGACAAAAUAUUACAAAUAAAUAUUGAUUGAUUAAAUAAAGUGUUACAACUCUAUAACUGAAAAUACAAAUAAACAAAAGAAAAAUAGAAGAAGAAAAAGGAGAAAUACAACUCUAUGCAAAAUAAUACAAAUAAAGUAAAGUGUUUGAGACAAAAGAAAGGAAGAUUACAACUCAAAACAAGAAAUACAAAUAAACAAAAGAGAUGAAUAUGAAGAUGAAGAGAAGUAGAAUAAAAAGAAAGAACAAGGAAACAAAAUAGAAACAACUCUCACUCACACUACCAAAGUGAAGAGUGUUGGGGAUCACCAACUUGAACAAGGUUUGAAACCUUUGUCCAAAAGCUUAUUUCCCCGUAACUCAAGCACUAAGGGAUCUCUCACAGAUUUUGGAAAUGCUUUCUGGAAUAAUCAAGCCUCAAGGUGUUUCUAAACAAGUGCUCUAAUGGAAAGAAAUGUUGUAUCUUACAAGUGAGCAUUAGACUCCUAUCAUUACAACAAUUUUGACUAUAUGUAACAGCAAAAAAAUUACAUAAAUGAAGAAGCAUUAUUAAUGAGCAAAUGAAAAAAAAAAACACGGAGACAAGUCCUAUAUUUUUAGGCACCAAGUGAAAAAGAAACAAGGGCCAUAUGAAAAUUUGGUCUAAUCCUAGAAGAAAAGAAAAAAAAGGGAACAACCACAGAAAUUUCUCUAAUCCCUCAUCUGCUCUCAUUGAAUCCCUAAACCCUAAACUACCCAAACCAGCUCCCUAAAUUAGUGUUGCCCCCUCUUCCUCUCUCUCUCACUUAGUUUCCUCAGCCCUCUCUCUCUCAUGCGAGUCGCUGAAACACACCAUGACCGUGCCAGCUUCCCCGUCAUUCUUUCUCUCUGAAACACACUCGAACCUCUGUUUUUCUGUGAGCCUAGAGAGAGCGAGAGAGGGAGUCGCACACAGAGAUGGCGGGUCAGAUUGUUAAAGCUAGAAGGGAGAAGCUGGAGGCAUGCAUGACGUGUCCUCUUUGUAAUAAGCUCUUGAGCGAAGCUACUACCAUCUUUCUCUGCCUCCACAUGUGUAUGUUCCUUCUCUCGACUCUUUCUCUCGUCAAUUCUUCUUUUCUCUCAAGUUUUUCGAUGAUUUUUGUGAUCUGGGUUUGCUUUAUUUUUGCAUUUUGUGUGUCUAGGUUCUUCAUGUUAUUGUGAUUUUUUUGAUCUGGGUUUUUAGCUAUUAUGGAAUUCAUUUCCAAUUUCUCGUCGAAUCGUUGUGUUUCAAUUCCGUACGUGUAAUUUUUCUUCUUUGCGUUUUGAGUUGCCUGUUUUCUGUAUUGGUGUGUGAUUGCUCUAAUAUGGAAAUUUUAAUGAGGCGAAUGAGUCUUAAUUGUUGUUCAUGUACUUAUUAGUGAUAGUAUUUUUGAAUCCGAAUUAUUCAUUAGUGUUAACCGAGGUUUUCAGUUUCUAUAUUAAUAAAUAUUAUUAUAGGGUAAUAAUAAUAGAAGUAGAAGAUUAACACGGGGUUUUUACGUGGCUGGGGCGUUAAUGAGCCUUAAUCCACGAAUCUGUAGUAUUAGAGCUUGGAAAACCUUUUACAAUGGAGUUUCUCUCUGUAUUUUGACAGAGUAACUGUAUCUUAGUUGAAGAGAGAUCCUUUUUUCCAGUGUUCUAUAGCCUGUAUUUAUAGGCUUAUGGGAACACUAGGUCUGGGCCGGGUAUGACCCGGGCCCAUCAGAGAUACGGAUAUUCUUGGCCUUUCUAGUGGAAGCCCAAUAUAAAAGAUACAACCUACAUGAAUUCCAGACCAGCUAAGGCCCAAUAAGUUGACUCGAGCUAUAUCUCACCCGAAAAAAUGGUGCUUUUGGUCUGGACACUUCGAGUUACGAGGCAGAUUCAGGAGACAAGACCAGUCAGAGUACUUGGUAGCGCAGACCUGAAACAACGGCGUGCAAUCCUGAGGUGGCCUUUUCCGUAGGUGAAAAGUGGGGACAACGCCCACGCGGAGUGGGGCGGCUUCAGGGUUCUGGACGCUUGGCCCCUCCAACCGGGGACGACGUGAUCCAGGUUCAUUUACCUUUGUCCCUCUUCAUUUCCCACAGGUCCGGACCGUACCAGGGGCCGGGACCAGGACGCGCAUGUCGUGGGGGGUUCGAACGGUCUGCACAUCUCCCGGAUGACUGUCCCAGAUGACGGGACCCGGAUGACCAUGCCGGACCCCCCCUAAUGGGCCCAUAAAUGCGCCCCGGGCCCGUACCCCCCCUCUUGGACACUCCCGUACCAAGAGGCCUUGGGUCGGUCCCACAUGAUGAACAGCCCCUGACCAUGGGCCCGGAUGAAUGUCCCGGGUCCAUGCAGGACACGGAGAUAACAUUUACCCCCCAAGCCUUCGCCUAGGCCUGCCAGGAGUAGGUUUGCAUCGUCCCCAGGACGCUCCCACGGUUGCCUUCCCAGUUCCUGCUUGGGAUCGUGGGUCCGUGACAGCGGGCUGUGGUAUUGGCCGUAUGCCUAACCCGGACCGCUUACCAAUGUCCGGGGACGUUUACCUUUGUCCCGCUUCGUGGCAAGGGUACACGUGUUACCAGGCGAUUGCUGCACAGGUCUUGAAAGGUCGCCUAGCCCUCCCAAGGGUCGCUAGGCCUAGGCUAGUGUGUCAGCAUACGUCACGAAGCGUCCCAUCCGCAUGGGGGUCCAUCAUUAAUAUCCUUGGGAUGAGGUGGACCGUAGGAUGGGGCGACCUUUGGCAUCCGCCCCUCCUGGGCCGAUAGAUCCGAGAUGGCGAGGAUCCAGUCUGAGGGGGCUCAUAAAUAUCCCUGCGCGACUCCCGACCGUCCGAUGGGGAGACACCUGUCCGUUGGAUCUGAGGCCAGGAUUUGGGGCCAAUAUAAAUAUCCCACGAAAGCCAAUUUGGCAUUUUUACACUCUCGAACCAGUUUAAGAACCGAUAAGCUCUGCUCGAGCCUUGCAUGUCCGACAUCGCCAACGGCAUACACCAUCUUCUGCUGACUCUGCGCUGCCGCUUGUUCCCCAGAACCCCAACUUCUGCCCUUCUACUUGAAAACGCGUCUUGGGCCUGUCCUGUCGACGAACUGCUAAACCGGCUACACCAUUUCAAGAACGAAGUUCUGCCAUCCUUAUAGUCGGACAACCACCACCUUCUACGUCCAAAAACUCACAGUAAGUCCCCUUGACCCUCUUGACGACUAUAUGAACUUAUGAUGUUCUUUUAAUUCGUGCGUUUAGGCUUUGUACUUAGGAGUUGUUAGGAAGGUCGCCUGGUUCGGGUUGCUCUGUAUCCAGAUGCUUCCCGGAUAGAGGGCAAGUCUUAGUAGUUUCUUCUUUCCCGAUCAGGGUCCCGGGGCUCUUCGGUGUCCCGGACCUGAUCCGAAGGGGCUCCAAGCAGUCCUUAGGAGACCCCCCGUACCUUGACCGACUUUCUUGGGUUUAGGUACUGACUGCUUGGCUUUCUUUCUUUGUUCCCAGAUCAUCAGCUAUGGCAACGGGCGUUACGCUCCAUUAUGAAGAAGAGGUCAAUAAGGCCCCUGUCGUCGUUCCUGGAUCCCAGACGCCCAAGGGCAAUAGGUGGGAAAUGGACGUGACGCCCAACCUGUUUCGGAAUUACCGGAUGAUGCUGCUCCUGGAGCAGCGUCUGGGCAUCGAAUCAACUCCUGGACUCUUUCACAACCGCAUGGCCAGGAUCGAGGAGCGGGCGCAUACGUCCGUGGAAGGAUUCGGGGCCUGGAGCGCCGGUCACAUCAGCGCGGGAGCUACGCUCCUGCUUCAUGACUAUUUCGUGCGGUUCUUGAUGUAUGUGGGAAUCACACCGUUCCAGCUUUUGCCUCAAGCGUACCGGCUACUCGCUGGGUGGGGGGUGUUUUGCAUCGCGAAGGAGGUCGCAGAGCCUACCCUUGCGAAGAUCCUGUACUUCUACAAGCUGGAGCCACAGGUCAACGUUAAGGACAAGGCCCUGGACGGCUUUUAUAGGCUGAAGCCGCGGAGUGGCUAUCCCGCUCCUACCAGUUCCUAGAGGCAUCCCCCGGACGUCAGGCAUUACUAGUUCCUGACGUCCGGGUUCCUUGUGGACAAGAACCCCACACUGCUGCUGGACUUCCAGCGAGUGGGUCAGCCAGCCGCCGAAGCGGGCUUCCGCCCUAAACUUGGACAGGACACGGCCCCCAUAGCGGCUGACCUGCUAGACCAGGUGGGGAACACCAUGUCCAACCUCCAGCUCAAGAGGUACGCCACGAUAGCCAACCCGGAUGUACUGUUCAUCUCCCAGGCUCUCCGCCACCAGGCCACCGCGGUAACUUUUACUUGUAUUCUUAUACUCCUUCCCUUACUUGUUGAUGAGGAUUUUAUUUUCUAACUUUUCUUUGCUCCAAGUUGACCUGUUGUCCCAUCGGAGUGUCGAUCUAGUGGCCGAGCUGGCCAUGAAGAUGGAGACGGCCAAGUUGGAGCUGGAGGCGGCCGUGAAUCAAAGGGAGGCCGCCAAGGAGGCCCUUGGCCGGGAGAUGGCCCGUGCCAAGACGGAGCGCGAGGAGCUCGACCGCGCCAAGGCCGGAUAGGAAGAGGAGUUAUCCUGGAAAUCAAAGGAGGCCGAUGAGCGGGCAACACUCUUGGAGGCGGGCGCGGCCCAGUCCGUCCUGGAUAAGGAGGAGAUCCAAGCCUUGAAGGUCCGGGUCUGCGAACUGGGCGACUCCCUCCUUGGGGAGAAGGCGGCGCACGAAAUAUCCCGCCGCGAAAAGGAGGAGGCCGAGGGCUUGCUGGAUGUCACUUUUGAUGAGGCCAUUUACAUGGCCUGGUGCAAGGACAAGAGCAUGAACCUCCUUGUCUCCCCUGAUCCGGAGUCGAAGCGGGCCGAGUUCGAGGCCAAGGAGAAGGAGGACGCGGACCUCCGGGCGGACGAGUUGUAGGCCCGAAUCCCGGCCUUGUCCCCUUUUCUUUUUAUAUUUUAUUAGUACUUUUGGCUUGUAAUUAAGUUCCAAACACUGCUUCCUUCUUUGGUUUUUAUAUAGGCUUCCUUUCGUUAUUUCGAGUAGAAAUUUCAUUUUGUUGCCGCGAUUAAUUGAUUGUGAGGGUUUAGUUCCGGUUCCAAUGGCCUGGACUAGACCCAACGACUUAACUCACCGAGUUUUUAAUUCUGGCACCAAGUCCAGGGCCGUCAGGGCUUAGUUUAACUUGGAGAUUUGUUCUCCUUUUAUCAGCUUUAGGCCAUGGCUUU